UCGGAACGGAUGGAAUCUUCUCGCCACUGAAGCACCUCCACCGCCGACGGAGGCGAAUUCCAUACGAGGAAGCGCUCCGGAAGGAAAGGAGUUGAAGAGCUCCGACGGCUGCUCGCUCCAGAUCGUGAAGAGGCAACAAUUUGAAAUGUUAAGCGAUUUUGUUUCAUUUAAAGAUCGUCCGAGUGGUUCAUUUAUUAUUCCUGGGAGGAUAUCAUAUGAACAGUUGGUACAAAUGAUUAAUGCAAAAUAUCAGUUUGAAGAAGGUUGGACAAUUCAGGAGAUUACUAUGAUGAUUAGCCAACCUGAUGGUUCGUGGAAUCCCACAAUACUCAAUAACAAUAGUCUUGAAUGGAUUUAUUACUUUCCUAGUAUGUCCAUGGUGUAUUUGCAUUUAUCGUUGCAGGCAAAUACACCCAUAACACAAUUUGAGGAUCGUUUCAUUGACGGGCUUUACCCAGCAGUCCGUCAUAACAUCGUAGGCCAUGGGACACAGACAUAUGCACGUGCAGUCUCCAUUGCUCAGGAGGUGGAUACUAGCAUUAGGAGGGAGGCCGUUCGUGGUCAGACUCAUUCAUCCGCCCCUGCUCAGUCAUCUUCAGUUCCACCGAUGCCAGCUCUACCAUCUACCCAGCCGCCCAAGAACAACAAGAGGAAAGAGAAAGGUGCCCCAGCAGAUAAGAGGGCCCGACGGACGCUACAGCAGAUCCCUCAGUGCCCGACAUGCGGACGACUUCACCGAGGAGAGUGUCGCUUUGGUCAGGAUGUAUGCUACUACUGUCAUGAGCGCGGACACUUUGCGAACCACUGCCCGAAGAAGGCGCAGCAGCCUCAGCAGCCACCGCAGCAGCCUCAGCAGCCACCGCAGCAGCAGCAGCCCC